AUGGAUGAUCGUAUGAGAGAGCUAAUCGAACAGGAUAUGAAGAGAACGGACGAUAUCAGAACCUACCUUCGAAAAUGGAUAGAAAAACAGCCGAAAACUCUCGAUCCCAUCAUGGAAUUCAACGGAACCGCAGUUACCCCAUCUACACAGAAAGUUGGUGGCAUGUUUCUCGACAACUCUGUCCUCAGUGAUAGUCUUCCGGAGCUUUUAGGAAGUUCAGAUCUAGAGGGUGAUCCAUUACCGUUUCUGCGUCCUGGAGAUUUAGUUCAACUACGACAUCAAAAUGGGACUUCUUCAGGCCAGCUAGCUGUGUAUCUUCGUACGGUUAAUGACCAGCAGCAGUUUUAUACCACCAGGGGGAAAUGGCGAAUUGCUCGACCUUCAGAAGUGAACUACAUUACAAAACAUCGCUUUUCACCCGAACUACUCGAGCCAAUAUUUCCAUACCUUCCAACAACGGUAAUUGCGAAGGGAAAUAUGCCACAACUAGCCAUGGAAGGCGGUGUUCCCCGUCAUAUUGGUGCUACUUUGCUCAACUCAAUCCUUGAGUUUGAGGGCGCUGCUUCAAAGACGUUUGCAGAAAACGCCACUAUAUUGAAUUCUGUGCAUGACCGCCUUGCAAAAGAUACAGAGCCAGUAACGCUGACUCUCGAGCAAAUCGCCUCUCAGCUCCUAGGCCGAGAUCCAAAUACCCUUUCAAAAGCUGAUAGAUACGCGAUUCAUCAAGCAAUUGAUCAAAACCCAGUCUCGAUAAUUGCGAAUCAGAGUUUGUCUGUGGUUGAAUCGUACACAUUCCGUCCAAAGGCGCAGACAGAACUGAUCAAUCGUGUAAUAAAGUGGAUGCGAGAGUACCAGACCCUGAGGAGUAGUGGCAUGGGAAAAAAAGAAAAGAGGUCCUCGAAUCGCAAUCCCAUUGGCCAAUUUGUCAAAACUGCUCGACAGUGGAUUUAUCGGAGCCGUGCGUCUCGAAAGCCUACGCAGGCGUACAGCUUAAGUCCAAGAAUCGACUCGGUUGACGACCUGCAACAUCAGGCUGAGCAAUUGAAAGAGAGCUCAAAACCUUCCACCCCAUCAUUUUCCGAAACAGACAGAGAUAUAAUUGAAUUUUUGAGGCUUUGGAUCCUUCCGCCACUGUUUGUGCGUGAUUCUUCUCUUCGAAGCACUGGGUCCUUUAUACUUUUUCAUAUUGGAUUAUACGACAACUUUAACCUUAACGAGGCUACUGGAUAUUUGGCCCUACAGGAACUCGGCAUCCUAACUCCUUGGGAGAAUAUUCAUGUCCUCAAUGAACAGGUCGCCCUUCCUGGCCAUGGCCUAUCGCCAGUAUCCGACGCAAUCGUUGAAGAAUGUAAUAGGUUUUGUGAAAUGCCUAGCUGCAUAGAUACCCUGGUAGAUUCCAUGAAGGAUUUUCGCAAAGACUGGGGAGAGACACCAGUGUUCUGUGUUGACAGUGCAUCUGCUGCAGAAAUUGAUGACGGGUUCUCACUUGAGCGUAUCCCAGGCUCAUCGGAUAGAUACUGGGUUCACAUCCAUGUUGCCAAUCCGUCGGCGUUCAUUCCUCAUGACCAUCUCCUUGCUAAAGGGGCAUCCCAUUUUAAACGCUCUUUUUACACCCCCGAGAGGGUUUAUCCGAUGUUCCCACCAAACCUUACCAGCGAAAAGUUUAGUCUUGGGCCUGGGAAACCAACCAUCACGUUCAGUGCGGUUGUUAAUAUGGAAGGAGAAAUCCUUGAUACCAAAAUUACCCACGGUUACAUUAACAAUGUUGUAUACAUUACGCCAGACAGGCUACGAAAAUUGUUUGGUAUUGAUAUAAAUGAAAACCCUUCAAUGUCCCUGGAAGUUGGAGGUACUCCCAAGGGCCCAGAACGCCCUGAAUUACAGGAGCACAUAUCUGAGGAACACAAAGCCAUUCUUGAAACUAUGGAGAGGUUACUCGCCGGGCGUCGAGAAAAACGCAUGAAGAAAGGCGCUAUAGAGUUCUUUCCAAACUAUCCCUCGUCACCACUUGUUUCCGGAGGUGAAGAAGGUGUACGUUCAUACACAGGCGAUAUUUCGGGACGUUAUGACUAUAAUGAUGAUCCCACAAUCGGAGUUAGCGGUCAAUUUACACAAUCAGAUGGAUCUUUGGAAGCCACCAAAACUGAUUUUGUGGCACAUGCUAUGCUUCUGGGUGGAGAAAUUGCUGCUCAGUGGUGCAAAGAGCGCAACAUUCCGGUCAUAUUCUCGGCAGCUGCCUACAAUCUGGAUAAAGUCACCACGGAAGACCAGGGAGAAUUUGUACCUGGUUCAUCACCAUAUAGCCAACUCCCCCGAGCCUUUUCGUCUUCAAAGCCGACGCCUCAUAUCACGCUUGGCAUGGAUCAAUAUAGCAAAUGCACGUCGCCCCUCAGGCGUUACUCUGACUUAAUCGUCCACUGGCAAGUAGAAGCCGCUUUACGUCAUGAGGCAAGGCAAAGUAUGGCGGACCAAAGUGAAAGAUACCCCAAUCAAGUAGACGAAACUGUCCUUCCAUUCUCUCGCGAAGACAUCAAAGCAAUCAUAGUCCGCUCAAACUGGCAAAAUAAAGCUGCCGACAGGGCACAGGUGCUAUCACGGGAGUUUUGGGUUCUCCAGGCCUUAUUCCGUGCACAUUACUUUGGUGAAGCAAAUCUCCCAGAAGGUUUCCAGUGUGUUAUCGUCAGCCAGCUUCCUGCGAGUUCUAACUCCGCUUCUGAGCCAGACGAGACACGAUAUACAGCAAAUCUGCUACCUUUCCGGGUUCGCUGUGUCGUGACCACUGACAAAAGCUGUCCCGAAUUCCGGCCAGGUGACUUGGUGGAAGCGACUAUUUCUAAUGUCAACCUAUACACUGUACUACUCGGUCUCCGAGCAGUACGUCUCGUCCACCGUCCUGAGAAAUCACGAGCUACUGUGCCUCUUGGGUUUCUUCAUUGA